CUCUUCAAUAGCUUACGAAGUGAAUGCUAUAUGAGGUACAUUUGGAUUGUUGUGUCAAAAGAUCUGCUUACUUUGUCAAACAUUUAAAUUUUGUUAUAAGGUAUUAGUGGUUAAAAUGCUCAGGCAUUCUAGAGAAAAUUAAUUUUGGAAUCUAGGUUAAAAGAGUGAUAGUUUCAAUGCGUCAGGGAUUGCGUGACGUAUAUUCAUCAAAGCACAAACCGACCAUGGCAGACAACCAAUCGGACUAUGAGGCAGCGGUAACGAUUAUAAAUGCCACGAACGCACUAGAUGGUCGGGAAAUAGACUACAAAGCGAGGGACGAACUCAACAUGCUUUGCAUGCAAAAGUACCUGUCGGAUUUAAGAAUUUCGGAUAGUGACUUGUCCCGCCUGAACGUGAUCCACGUAAGUGGCUCAAAGGGCAAGGGGUCAACAUGUGCCUACUGUGAGAGCAUACUGCGUCACCAUGGUUACAAGACUGGAUUCUACAGUUCACCGCACCUAAUGGAGCACCGAGAACGCAUCAGAAUUCAGGGACGCAUUCUUGAAAAGGAGACGUUUGCUAAAUACUUCUGGGAAGUUUACACUACGCUGAAAGAAAACGAGAAACCAGAAUUGGAAGGACGAGUUGGUGGUUCAAUGACGUAUUUCCGACUACUGACCGUUUUGGCAUUGCACGUGUUUCUUAAAGAAAACGUGGAUGUCGUCAUUUGGGAGACUGGAUUAGGAGGAGAAUACGACUGCACCAACAUCGUCAGAAAUCCCGUCGUUUGCGGCGUGACAUCUUUAGCGCUCGAUCAUGUUAACCGGUUAGGUACAUCAAUCGAGCAGAUCGCAUGGCACAAAGCCGGAAUAUUCAAGCCUGGCAUUCCGGCAUUUACUGUUGAGCAGCCCCUGAAUGCAAUGCGUGUACUGGAAGAAAGAGCCAGAAACAUACGGGCACCUUUGUACAAAUGCGCCGACCUAGGCAGGUAUCAGCAGCAAUUCAAACUCGGUAUCGAGGGAUCCAAGCAGCCGUUAAACGCGUCAUUGGCCAUUCAACUAUGUAGCACAUGGAUAGGAAGGCAUGAAGGAAAAUGUAACUCCGGAAGAAGAGCGUCAUUGGUCGCAACUCAAACAGACUACACAGCAGUUCAACUGGCUGAACCCGCUACAAUCAAUGCUAACUUUGUAAAAGGUUUGGAAGAGUGUGAAUGGCUUGGCAGGAACCAGAUUAUUGCAGUUGACGGUGUGACAUUCUAUCUGGAUGGGGCGCCCACACACGACAGCAUUCAGCAAUGUGCGGAGUGGUUUCAAACGAAAACAUCAUUAGAGGAUAAAGAGGGCAACGUAUUCCGUAUCCUCCUGUUCUACUGUACUUCUGACAGAGACGCGAAUGGAUUCUUACAACUGCUUGUGAACUGUGGUUUCAACGCAGCCGUUUUUUGUACAAAUGCAAUUUUUAAAGAGCCAAAGUGCGCAGAUCAAGUCAAGAAACAGACCGCGUUCGCAGACAGCGCCAAACGCCAGGAAACGUUCGAAACGUUGCUGGGUAAUAACGCGAAGUACGAAACCAGUCAACGUGACCAUGGCGAGAUCUCGUUUAAGUCUUGCGCAGUUAUAACAAUACAAGAAGCUGUUGAUUGGAUUAUCAAACUCAGAGAUGACGUCAAAAAAAUGUCAAAACCACACUCUGGUAUGGCUAAGAACGAUCCGGCAGUUAAAGCGCCAGUAGAAGAAAUGUGUGUACGGGAAGACGCAACUGAAAUUGGCAUCAUAGACGCGGGGAAUGAUCAAGCGACGGACAACAAUAGAAACCGUCAGAAACAAGUACACGUGCUAGUUACCGGAAGUCUUCAAAUUGUUGCCGGAGUUAUGUGGGUGCUCAAAGACCGGCAAUCAGAUCGCUAGACGAGGAGAAUCGGCAACACUUUUCUAAAAGAUAGUUUUCUACUGGAAAAGACAUAUUGUUUUGCAUACUAUAUAUUUAUUCGCAACUCAUAACAUAUGUUGUCCGAACCGUUUUUAUUGUAAGCACUUUAUUAAUAUACUAAAAUAUGCAUACAUAUAUUAUUUAUUACGGCUUUUAACUGAUAUUUAUUGGUGCUGGUACUUAAUGAUGAUUAUUUCUGAACACGUGUACACACAAAUGGACGAUACAUGUAUGUACUUCAUUUCAUCCUGGUCAGAACGUAAUAUUUCUCUAGCACCUUUGCAACCUAUUGAGUGAGUUAAUUGCAAUUAAAUCAAGUUGAUAGUCUAUUAUAAAGUGUUAAGUUUGAUUAAUAGAGCUAUGAUGAUAAUGUGCACUAUGUGUACAAGUUUGUAUGGGCGAAGAGUGAUGUUAUAUUCAUUAAAUUAUUAUAAUAAGGCAUGCUUAAUGGGUCAUAUAAUGAUGUAUAACAAUUAAUUUAAUAAUCUUUUUCAGAAUGCGUUAAAUAUGUUUAAGAUACCGUUUAUAAAAAUCUGUUAUAAAAUUCAAUACCAUUGUUAAGUAAACUUACUUCACAUCAUAACUUUAUGUUUUACAAUAUUAUUACUUAAAUAUGACUGUAACUUAACAUCUCACAUUUCUUAAGACUUAUAAAAUGGAAAACAGUCUUCCUCAAAUAACACAUACGUGUCCACAUGUCAUAAAAACUUCACCAUUUAUUGUGUUAUGAGGCUGAUGUCAUUAUUGUCUAUGAACAAUUAUGUAUUAAUGAUCUUGGAAAAUCAUUAAGGUCCUUUUAUAAGAAAUGUGUUUGAAUUAAUGUUUCCUUUACAUGUAAUACAAUAAAUGUAGGCCAUUUUAAAGCGAAUGUAUUCGAUUUCAGUAUCAUCAUUGUAUUAUUGCAUUCGCAACUUUCAAUCUAACAGUGAUCUUAAAUUUGUCAUUAAUAUUAUUCAAGUUCCGUUCAACAGUGGAA